CUUAAUAAAGUCUAUUGUAGAUAUUUCAUAUAGAUCAUCUGAUAAACAAAAUCUUGAUAAACUAUUGUAAAUGUUUGAUAUAGAUUAUCUGAUCAAAAGAAUCUUCUCUAUUGUACCUGUGUUAUGGUGUGCAUGCAAAGUGAAGAUAACGAACAGUGAUCAAUCUCAUAAUUCCUACAAGCAAUACAAAAUAGAUUGUUGGGCAAACACGGACCCCUGGACACACCAGAGGUGGGAUCAGGUGCCUAGGAGGAGUAAGCAUCAUUGUUGAUGUGCUAAACUGCUAAACGUUUGUCUGUCAGUCCUUUCUCUCACUACGUGGUGGAUUUUGUUUAGUAAUUGAAAGGGCAAUAGUCUGUCUCUCUCUCCCUGAAAAUGAUAGUGUAAGUAACUUUGACAGCAUGUGGUACAUAAAGGUAUAGAAUUAAAUGAUGAAAAAAAAAACCAACCCACGCACUUGUGAUGAUCGGUCUCAAACAGCAAAUGAAUUCGAGUUGAAAUUUAAAGUACAUAAGAUAAAUGGAAAUAUGUAACAAAAUAAGAUGUGUAUGUUGCUAAGUUUUGAGAUUUGAACUCAUCAGAUGCUGAGUGGUCAAGUGGGAAUUGUGACUGGAGGAGCCCAGGGGAUUGGGAAGGGGUGUGCCGAAGCCUUACUGGACAACGGUGCUAACGUGUGCCUAUUAGAUGUUAAUGAAGAUGUUUUGAAACAGACGACUCGCGAACUUGCAAUCAAAUUUAGCAAAGACCGCGUCAUUUCCAUUCAUUUUGACGUCAGAAAUCAGACACAAAUGGAAGAUGACGUAUUCCAGUACUGGACGUACCAGGGGUCGCUGACCACACCCCCUUUGUUAGAGAGUGUCACCUGGAUCAUAUUCAAAGAUCCGGUGUAGAUUUCUCAGGAU